AUGAUUGGAUUUUCUUUGGUCGGAACGAUGGAGAAUUGGGGACUAAUUACUUUUAGGGAAGCUUCUCUCUUGUACGAUCACACGAUUUAUCCUCUUAGGUCCAAGUAUGUGGUAGCGACGACGGUAGCACACGAAGUUGCCCAUCAGUGGUUCGGAGAUCUUGUAACAAUGAAGUGGUGGGACGAGGUAUGGUUGAAUGAAGGUUUAGCAACAUAUCUGCAAUACAUUUCAUUGGAGGAAAUAACGAGAGGCGUAAACAAACUGAAAGAUCACUUCGCCACUGAAGUAAUGGAAAUAGCAUUCACGUUGGAUAGGCCUGCCCUGCGAUCACUUAGCUUGAAGGUUGAGCGUCCGGAGGAUAUCGCAGGAACGAUUCUCCCUAUAGUGUAUUUCAAAGGAGCAGCCUUCAUCGCCAUGGUUGCUGAGCUGUUGGGCGAGGAUUUUUUCCGUUAUGGAAUACAGAAUAGUUUUUCUGAGGUUUACUCGUCAAGUGCAGUGUAA